GGUAACCCUGGCAUCCAAUUGCACGGCCUGUACGUCAUAUUCAACAAAAGUAGCCAACAGUGCAAACACGUGGCCGUCUCUAACCUCAACCUCAGCCUCAAGGAGGGACAGAUCACCACAAUGUUGGGCCGCAACGGCGCCGGUAAGACCACCACAAUCAACGUACUCACCGGACAACUACCGCCCACCGCUGGUUCGGUGUACAUAUACGGCCACCCGGUGCCCGAGGAGUUCAUGCAGGCUCGCAAACUCUUGGGCUACUGUCCCCAGUAUAACACACUGUUCAACGAUAUGACAGUCCGAGAGCACCUCCAGUUCUAUUCAGACCUCAAGGGUUUGUUGAAUGAGGACGAGAUCGACGAUGAUAUCGAUAAUAUGCUGCACAGCACCGGUCUCUGGCACCUACAGCAUCAUCUCGUCAGGCAUUUGUCGGGUGGACUCCAAAGGAGGCUCUGUGUGGCCCUGGCGUUCGUGGGCGGCAGUAAACUCAUUAUUCUGGACGAACCCACUGCGAGUGUGGAUCCAGUGGCCCGCAGAAGCAUUUGGGACCUAAUCGUACAGCAAAAGCAAAGUCGGACAGUGCUGUUGACAACCCAUCAUAUGGAUGAGGCAGAGAUACUUAGCGAUGAGGUGGCGGUCAUACACCGGGGAAAACUACUGUGCGUGGGCUCACCCUUACUGCUGAAAAGCAAGUACGGGUGCGGCUAUCAGCUGACAGUGAGCCGCCAGGGCUCGGACGACGGCGACAACGACUCCGGCCGUUCAUCUAACGGUCCCACCGAGGAGUCGAGUGACGUGGAACGGCUCAUGGCGUUCACCAAAUGCCUGAUACCCAACGCCACGUUUGUGGAGGACUACGGCCAGGAAGUGAUACUAACUCUACCACAACACGGGGCGUACGGCGCGGCCCACGAUUACGCCACGUUCUUCAAGUGUCUGGACGCCAAUGUGAAUGCCUUGGGUUUCGGGAACUACGGUAUCACCAGUACAACCCUCGAGGAGGUAUUCCUAACGCUGUGUAAUCUGGAGGAAAGCCAUAUGCCUAUGGAAGCGGCCAAACUGGCGGUCGCCCGCAAGUUCUCUCAUCCCCUCAAUGGUGAGGACGGCUGUCCACAAAACGACAUACGCAUGCAAUUGGAUCCGUCCGUACAGACAAUGGACUGGACGUGCCCUCCACUGGUGACCGGCGCCCACUUGAAGUUUAAACAAUUGGGAGCUUUGCUUAAUAAACGCCUGACCCAUACACUAAGGGAUUGGAAGUCUCUGUUCUGUACGCUAUUCCUUCCGUGCAUUUUCAUAGCCUUCGCGAUGGGUAUGACGUUAAUUAAGCCCACGUUCGCACCCGACCCGGCCCUACCACUCAUGCCCACCAUCUAUGGACAGUCCAGUGUCUCGUUCUAUAGUUUGUUGGACUCUUCGGAUGAUAUGAAAUUGAUUGCAUCCGAGUUGAUCAACACCAAGACUAAAGUUGCCGAUUGUUUGAAGCCCCGGGAGAACUGGCGAGUGUCUAAAUGCCCGGUGCUCACUGAACUGCCCUCCGAAACCAAUUACCUGCCAAAACAUCUGAAGACACUGGAGGGCGACGCGUGGACCACAAACGCCGCUCUCUGCCGGUGCAAUGAGUGCCAAACAGACAUGUGGUCCAUGGCUCAGAGAAUACCGGCCCCGUUGUUGACCGGACACGGAUUCAUAUACGACUUGAGUGAUGUAGAAGUCAGUAAAUUCUUGCUGAGGACAUACUCCGAGUUUAUGGACAGGCGUUGGGGCGGUUGGAGUUUUCAUCGACACCUCAACGGCACAUCUGAUAGUAACCAAAACACGGAUCAAGUGAUCAAGAUUUGGUUCGACAACAAUGGUUACCACAGUUUGCCCGCAUAUCUCAGUGCAAUCAAUAAUGCCAUCAUGAGGUCCAACUUGAAGAUCGCCGGCGUUGACAACUCGAGCCAAUAUCGUAUCACCACAUACUCGCAUCCGUUGCAUAUCAGGUCGAGUCAGUUGGGCGACCAGUCGUUGAUGCAGAGGGCGGGUGACGCGGGCAUAGCCCUCAUAAUCCUCGUGGGCUUCAUCUUCAUACCGACCAGUUUUGUCUUCUACAUCGUGAGGGAGCGUACGUUUGAAGAGAAACAGUUGCAGAGGAUCUUCGGCGUCGGCACUGUACUCUAUUGGCUGUCGUCCCUCUUAUGGGACUUAAUGGCACUCAUAAUAGCCAUCGCCUUCUCGGGGGUCAUCAUCGCGUGCUUCCAAUUACCCAUUUAUAUGUCUCACUGGAACUUACCGGCUGUGCUCUGUCUACUGUUCCUAUUCGGUUGGGCGAUGACAACACUGGUGUAUCUCAUGGAGAAGCUGUUCAACGAGGCUUCCAUAGCCUUUAUGGUCAUCUACUGUCUGGCGCUGUUUGUCGGUAUCAACACAAUGAUCAUGCGAUUACUGAUAGACGUAUUCAAGUUGAUAGAAGUCAGCCCUACAUUCCAGUCCUCGUUCGACACCAUAGCCAUGAUAUUCCCUCCCUAUGCCCUACUCAGUGGUCUGGUGGACAUACACCGGAACCAGUUGUUUGCUGACAUCUUCACUCUAUUUGAUCAGAACACUUAUGUCAACCCAUUCUCUAUGGAACUGUUGGGCCCCUACUAUAUAACGCUUGCCGUCGAGGGAGUGAUACUGUUCUUCGCGAACCUGAUCCUCGAGCUCUUCACCUUUUCGUCCUAUAAGACAAAGACAAUCAUCAAAUCGAUUGUUCACAACGAGGACAGCGAUGUGGCCGAAGAGCGCAAGAAAGUGCAUCUCAACGACACCACCAGCAAUAUACUCAAGAUCGUAGGCGUCACCAAAGCCUUCCAAUCCAUGUUUGGCAAACGGGUGGCCGUCGAUAAUGUCAGCUUUUCGGUGCCCCGCGGAGAGUGUUUCGGACUGUUGGGAGUGAACGGCGCCGGAAAGACGACUCUGUUUCGCAUUCUGACGGGACAACUGAAGCCCACCACCGGUCAGGCAGAGAUCGCCGGUCAAGAUAUCCGGAAGAUUUUGUCCUCCAAUUAUCAAUCGCUAGGUUACUGUCCACAGGCAGAUGCCUUGGACUUUAUGCUCAGCCCUUACGAACAUUUGACCAUUUAUGCACAUCUCAGAGGAAUUCCCACUCAACACAUACCCACUAUUGUGAACGAAUCGCUGUCAAAGUUCCAACUGAUGCCACACUCGCAGAUGCCUGUCCUGGCUCUCAGUCGCGGUAAUCGACGCAAACUAUGUCUGGCGAUUGCGAUGUUAGGCAACCCUCAGUUGGUUCUAUUGGAUGAGCCGACCAGUGGUCUCGACCCUCAAAGUCGGCGAUACAUCUUGAACGGCGCCGGAAAGACGACUCUGUUUCGCAUUCUGACGGGACAACUGAAGCCCACCACCGGUCAGGCAGAGAUCGCCGGUCAAGAUAUCCGGAAGAUCUUGUCCUCCAAUUAUCAAUCGCUAGGUUACUGUCCACAGGCAGAUGCCUUGGACUUCGUGCUCACCCCUUACGAACAUUUGACCAUUUAUGCACAUCUCAGAGGAAUUCCCACUCAACACAUACCCACUAUUGUGAACGAAUCGCUGUCAAAGUACCAACUGAUGCCACACUCGCAGAUGCCUGUCCUGGCUCUCAGUCGCGGUAAUCGACGCAAACUAUGUCUGGCGAUUGCAAUGUUAGGCAACCCUCAGUUGGCCCUAUUGGAUGAGCCGACCAGUGGUCUCGACCCUCAAAGUCGGCGAUACAUCUGUCAGAACAUUCAGAAUGCUAUCCGCGACCAGAGAUCAGUGCUGUUGACUUCGCACAGUAUGGAGGAGUGCGAUAUCCUGUGCUCCCGACUGGCCAUUAUGGUGAACGGCCGCUUCAAAUGUAUCGGUAGUCCACAGUAUUUGAAACAUAAGUUUGGCUCCGGGUAUUUAAUAACACUACGACUGCACGAGUCGGAGGGCAACCAUAACGAUGCCAUUAGUUUUAUGAACCAAUACUUCCCCUCAUGUGUGCUUAGGGCGCAUCACCACACUAUGCUCGAGUUCAGUCUGCCCUCGAACGACAUCCCGUUGUCCACUAUUUUCGAUUUCCUCCAAAAAGCUCAACAAAGUCUUAAUCUGCAAGACUUUUCUGUCAGUCAAACCACUUUAGAUCAGGUAUUCGUGAGUUUCGCGAACCAACAGAUCAACGACUAUCAGUCGCCGAUACCAUCGAAACAGAGCGCCGGCGUCUACUCGAACCCAGCGUUCGUCAGCUCAUCCGAACACAUCAAUGGUAACCACAAACGAAAGGCGCCGUUAGAGUCGGUGGUGAAGGGUAGGGGCCGACUGCCGACGCCGGCGACACCGGUAGUACUCGACGAUCACCACCAGCACUACAUUAGGGCCGCCCGUAAAGUGAACUAUUGGAACAUCAGUGAAAACACCACUAAAUUUUAA